UUUUUUUUUUGGUUCAAUUUCCCUGUUAUAGCAUCUAAAAGUCAAGAUGAAAGAGUCUGAAAAGAUCACCAUGGAUCCACUGACAGUAUCUAUCAAUAAAACGGUACCUUUUCGUUCAAAACUGAAAAACGCGUGUCUACGAUAUGAAGCAGAACUCUCUGGCGCUAUCUUUUUGACUUUUGUCUUAUUAUACCUCACUGGUUACCGAUCCGUAGGCAACCAAUUCUUCUUUGUUUCUCAUCAAGUGGGACCAGAUCAAUUUGAAAAGGGCAAAAAUGACUUUUGUUUUCUUUUCUUUUGGACAAACAUGUUUACAUUCAUACGUGUCGUCUUUAUCAACCACAUUUGCUUACCCAUCCUGAAUCACUUUCAUAUCGGCCCAAAAGCGAAACGACUCAGAGUGGCGGAACAGUUGUACACUUGCUUGUAUUAUCUUGUUUUUGGAACACUUGGCAUGCAUAUUAUGUAUUAUAGUCCAUAUUGGUUGAAUACUUCGGAAUUUUGGAAAGGAUACCCUCAUGAGAUCAUUUCCCAAGAAAUGAAGUAUUACUAUUUGAUGCAGCUCGCUUUUUGGUUCCAGCAGAUGUAUUGUCUUCAUAUAGAAAAGCGCAGAAAAGAUCAUUACGCGAUGCUGUCACACCAUAUUAUCACUAUCUUUUUGGUGGGUUCCAGCUAUUAUUGCAAUAUUACGCGGGCUGGCAAUGCUGUUUUAUGCUGUAUGGAUUUGUCUGAUAUAUUAUUGUCGUUGGCGAAAGUUUUGAAAUACCUUGGAUUUGAAGUCAUUUGCAAUAUCACAUUUGGACUGUUCACUCUUUCUUGGCCCAUUACAAGGCACAUUUUCUAUACCAUUGUCAUUUGGAGCGUAGCAGUCGAGCCCAAAUAUUAUAUGGACAUGACUUGGAAUCCUGCCGAGGGCAAAUACUUUACACCCUUUACACAGUCUAUUUGGGUAGGUUCAUUAGUGAUAUUGAACCUUUUGAUGGUCUAUUGGUUCGUCAUGAUCGUCAAGGUCAUUGUCCGUUUGCUAACACAGGAUGACGCCUGCGAUCCAAGAAGUGACGAUGAAGAUGAAACAACGUCCGGAUGCGACGCCAUUGAUGAAAAAGUACUGCCUUUGGAAGAAAAACAUGCACUUAAACAUCUUUGAAAAGGCCUUUCAAAAAAUACCAUACACCAUGACGAUACUCUUUGUAUUCUAUCCCUUUUUAGUUUCUCAUUUCCUUACUACCUUUUUGCUUUUUUUUUUUCAUAAUACAUGC